AUGCAUGUCAACUUCCCACCAGAGGUGGAUACGAAACGCUUCCGUGGCCAUGCGGUGCUGAUCAGUGCUGAGCAGACGAGGCGCGAACCGCCUCCCCCGGUGAUUUUCUUGGAGGGUGAUUUUCUUGAGCUCAACGCGGAAAUGGCAAAGGCCUUGGUUCCAUUUGAGGCAGCCUUCGAUCGAGGCAGCCUUGUUGCUGUAGAGCCAGAUGACCGGAAACCCUAUGCCACAGCGUUGACGCAUUUGAUGGCCCCGGGUGGACGUGUCCUUCUGGUCACAGUGGAGCAUGACGGUUUCGGAGAACGAAAAGGGCCACCCUAUCAGGCUCCGGGAUAG